AUGCCUUACUGGCAGACCUGGAAUCCACCACCUCACAUAUUUCCAAACGACCAGUGUUUCUAACAGAGGAAACGCCUUACUCCUAUCCAACUGGAAACCACACGUACCAGGAGAUUGCUGUGCCACCGCCAGUGCCCCCGCCACCUUCCAAUGAGGCCCUGAAUGGCACUGUGAUUGACCCCUUAGACCAGUGGCAACCCAACGUGUCCAGAUACGUCCACCAGCAACCUCAGUCCCAGUCACCUAUAUACAGCUCUAGUGCCAAAAGCUCCAGUGCCUCUGUUCCUAGAGACGGGCUCAGCUCUCCUUCUCCACGUGCCAGCGAAGAGGAACACGUCUACAGUUUUCCGAACAAGCAGAAAUCUGCAGAACCAUCUCCCACAAUGACCAGCUCCUCCCUGGGCAGCAACCUCUCAGAACUGGACAGACUUCUUCUGGAACUGAAUGCUGUUCAACAUAAUCCCGCCAGUGGCUUCCCAGCAGAUGAAGCCAGCAGAAGCCCCUCACUGCCCAGCAUGACUGGACCUCACUAUGUUGUCCCAGAGAGCAGCAGCUCUGUGGGAGGGAAGGCUGCACCCCCUACAAAAGAGAAGCCAAAGCGAAAUGGUGCACGCGGGAUCGAAGAUGUGCGUCCCAGUGUGGAGAGCCUGCUGGAUGAGCUGGAGAGCUCUGUGCCAAGUCCAGUCCCUGCAAUCACUGUGAGCCAAGGUGAGGUGAGCAGCCCCCAGCGGGUCACUGCCAGUCAGCAGCAGACCCGUAUAUCUGCUUCUUCAGCUACACGAGAACUGGAUGAGCUGAUGGCAUCUCUCUCUGACUUUAAGUUCAUGGCACAAGGGAAAGCUGGGAGCAGCUCCCCUCCCUCCACGGCCUCCAAGCCUGGCAGUCAGCUGGACACCAUGUUGGGAAGUCUCCAGUCGGACCUGAACAAACUGGGCGUAGCUACAGUUGCCAAAGGUGUCUGUGGAGCCUGCAAGAAGCCUAUUGCUGGGCAGGUAGUUACAGCCAUGGGGAAGACCUGGCACCCUGAGCACUUCGUCUGCACCCACUGCCAGGAGGAGAUCGGGUCACGGAACUUCUUUGAGCGGGACGGUCAGCCCUAUUGCGAGAAGGACUACCACAACCUCUUCUCCCCUCGCUGCUACUACUGCAAUGGGCCGAUCCUUGAUAAAGUGGUGACGGCUUUGGACAGGACAUGGCACCCUGAACACUUUUUCUGUGCCCAGUGCGGAGCUUUCUUUGGACCGGAAGGAUUUCACGAGAAGGAUGGCAAAGCCUAUUGCCGCAAAGACUACUUUGACAUGUUUGCUCCCAAGUGUGGAGGCUGUGCCCGGGCUAUCCUGGAAAACUACAUCUCUGCCUUGAACACCCUGUGGCACCCUGAGUGCUUUGUCUGUCGGGAAUGUUUCACACCGUUCAUCAAUGGCAGCUUCUUUGAGCAUGACGGGCAGCCCUACUGCGAGGUGCAUUACCACGAGCGUCGCGGCUCGCUCUGCUCCGGUUGCCAGAAGCCUAUCACAGGACGCUGCAUCACUGCUAUGGGCAAGAAAUUUCACCCCGAACACUUUGUCUGUGCCUUCUGCCUCAAGCAGCUCAACAAAGGAACCUUCAAAGAACAGAACGACAAGCCCUACUGCCAGAACUGCUUUCUCAAGCUCUUCUGUUAGAGGCGUCGUAGCCGGGCGCUAAGCAUCUUUCUGCCACCCCCUUGGCAGUUCUGUCUCUCUGAAC